CUCAAUCUUUGCCUCGGUCAUUAUUCUUUGGAGGGACUGCGUGGCAGCAUAACCAGCAUAUCGCGCUUCUGACACAGUAAGUUCUUCAAGCCCGACAAGAUGAGGCUCCCCGUCUUACUUGGCAUCGUUUUGCUGGUGACAGACGUCGGCUAUUGCCAGAAUCCAUGCGUUCCUCCGGAUUGCAACAGACCUCCGGUACCAGGGCCGAUGGGACUUCCAGGACUACCAGGACCUGAUGGAAAACCUGGACUACCAGGACUUCCUGGAAAACCUGGACUACCAGGAUUUGAUGGAAAACCUGGACUACCAGGACCUGAUGGAAAACCUGGACGACCAGGAUUUGAUGGAAAACCUGGACUGGCAGGACUUUGUGGACCAGUAGGACCACCAGGACCACCAGGACCACCAGGAUUAUCUCUCCUAGGACCAGUGGGACGACCCGGCCUACCGGGGCCACCUGGAUCAAUGGGUUCAAUGGGGCCACGAGGAUCAGUUGGACCACCAGGACCGACAGGAAAAACAGGAUGGGACGGACCAGCAGGACCAGCAGGACCACCAGGAGUGCCUGGAGUGUCUAAAAUAGGGCCACCGGGACCAGCUGGACCACCUGGGAAAACGGGCCCGGCUGGAUCACAAGGGCCACCCGGAGAGCCAGGUGUUAGCUGCAGUUGUCCUGACAUCAAGGCCAUAGAGCAGCAACUGACCAAGUUACAGCUGGCUAUAACUUACAGCUUCGUCCGAAGGGUCGGCGAGAAAUACUUUGUGUCCUACAAGGAGAGGGAACCUUUCGAGAAGGCAGCGAAGUUCUGCUCCCAGCGAGGGUUGGAGUUGGCUCUACCUCAGAGCGAAGAGGAAAACAACGCACUGGCUGAAGUGUUCGACGACGCAUACCAAACCGUCUGGAUCAACGUCAACAAGAACAAAGCACAGGGGGAUUUCACUCUCGAUGCCAAUAAUCGACCUCUGACCUUUGCCAAAUGGGGAGACGGGCAGCCAGAUGCGUCCGUCCAGGAUGUGGGCUGCACCAUGGUGUCAAGGAACGGCUUCUGGAAAGUGACGAAGGAAUGCUUCCUGAAUGCUUACGUUGUCUGUCAGUUCUAACGGGUUUGAGUGUUUCAACGAAUACUUCACUCUGGGUUUUAACAAUCAACUAUGUCAUCGACAUCUAGUUUGUGUUUAGUUUUGCUAGCUCUGUGGAUGCUAUAGAAACAGGAAGUGUCAAACAAACUUGCUUUAUUUUACAUAUUUUCUAAUGGAAAUUGACUAAAUUGGCUAAUGUCAUGAAAUAAAGACUAUAAAGAAUAAAUAAAGUCGAUAUUAAA